AUGACGAGGCAGAAAAUAGAGAUAAAGAAGAUCGACAACAUCACGGCGAGGCAAGUGACGUUUUCGAAGAGAAGAAGAGGGCUUUUCAAGAAGGCUUUGGAGCUCUCUACUCUUUGUGAUGCUGAGAUUGCUCUCCUUGUGUUUUCUGCCACCGGAAAGCUCUUUGAAUAUUCCAGCUCAAGUAUGCAGCAAGUGAUUGAAAGGUAUAGUUUUCAUUCAGAAAAUCCUGACAAAUUGGUCAGCCAACCAUCUCUUGAUGCACUCGAGCACGAAAGAAAUAGAUUAGACUCGUUGAAGGCAGAACUUGAGGAGAAGACGACUGAACUAAGGCGUAUGAAGGGAGAAGAGCUCCAAGAACUAAGCCUUGAAGAGAUAAAGGAACUAGAAAAAAUGGUGGAGGCAGGCUUGAGCCGCGUUGCAGAAUUAAAGGAUCAAAGAGUUGUAAAGGAGAUCAAUUCUCUUAAGAAGAAGGGGGUCCAGCUACUAGAAGAUAACAGACGAUUGAAGCAGAUGACGAAUGUCUUUGAAGUGCAAACAGAUGUAGUUCAACAUGUCCGCCCAGUCGAGUCUACUAAUAUCUGCAGUUCAAAUAAUCAUCAUGACCAUUAUAGCUCGGACACUACUCUUAAGUUGGGGUUACCAUUCCCCAAUUAGUGAUCAAGAAUUGAGGUAUAUCUAUUUAGUUAUAGCGGCACUUUCAAUUAGAUAGUGCAAUUGUGCAGAGUUGAACUUAGAUUUGAAAGCAGAAGUGUAAUUAGAGCAGUAAUGUACCUAAAGAGGGGUAAAGCUUCCAAUUUCCAUGGCAUCCAUUCGCAGCAACAAAUCCAAUCAUGGAAGUGCAGUGUACAAUUUAUGAUCAACACAUUUUAUCAGAUUUAUAUUGUGUAUCGAUCAUCUAUAACAUGUUAUAGAUGCCGAAAGUUAUAAUUAUUUUUUUUAACACAUUUUAGUUUUGUAACAUUUUUUAUCACGUCAUAUUCAACACAAGUCAAUUAUUGUAAUUAUCGACAGUCAUUAU